GCCAUGCGUGUGACGUUGGAUAUUUGGAUAUUUUUCAUUUGGUCUUCUCCCAUAUUUGGGUCGAAACUUCUUUUCAUUCGCUUUUUCUUCUAGGCAUUGGCUGGAUACGACUGCAGGUGGUUCUAGGCUGGAAUCGCGAGCCGACGUCCUACAAUCUUUUAAAUUCUCACUUUUGUGCCGAGUGGACCAUCACCAUCCUCUUCAGUGUGUCGCAUUCAUUUCUUAUAGCAUUCACACACAAUCCUAAUCGGAACCUCCUGUCGUUUCUCGUCUUUUCUGGCGGUCUUGUGGGCUCAUAGGCUCACCCACUCUCGUUCUCACCGUCACAGGCGUACAAAUGGACGCACUUUUAUCAGGAAGAGAUGCAGAGGAUAAGAAAAAGAAAAAAAGUAAGAAGGACAAGAACACGACCAGCCCACAUAUCGAUCUCACUCCUUUUCCAUUACCCGACUCUCACUCUACGCCAUGGAGCGCUUCAUCAUCCGCGUUUAGCCCUCUUUCCACACUGAAUGGACGUUCGGAAAUGGCAUCACCCGCUCCUUCAGGCUUUACAGCCCCAAAAGCCCCUUGGUUAUUGAGAGAGGCCUCGAAUGACGGAACAUCAAGUAUACUUAGCGAAGGAUCAUCAUUGACACUCGGACCAAGCUCCAUCAACACGGCUAGGGGGCGACCAGAUCCACGAGAUGCAGACUAUGACACUGAUGCUUCGGCAAGCGGUCGUUCAAAGUCUCGCGGAAAGCUAAGAAAACGCUCAAAGUCUCGCACCAGGAAAGGGGCUGGAGAGGGAUACGAAACGGAUGAUGGCUACAUGAGCUCUACGCCUGCAUCGGAAAAAACUCUUCACAAAUCCAAAUCGCGUUCGAGAUUCUUCAAGCUAGGAAACCGUUCCAAAUCGCAUGUUACUUCAGAUGAUGAGCAUGAAGCACCCCCUCCCGUACCCGUUGUCCCUCAACCACAGACCCAAUUCCGUUUACCUAUCGCUGCACGGUUCGCAACGACAUUGGGCGACUUGAACAAAGGUGCAACGGUUGAACCACCUUUGGGUGACUAUCCUGGACUACCGGGAGCUAAGAAACAGGGUCCGAUGGUGACAGCAACAGGAAACCGAAGCCUUGAAAUUAGCAAGACCGAUUCCGUUGACUUUAGUACGGCCAUGUCAAAGGCAUUUGCAUCUCAAGAGGAAUCGCCGACUAAGCAACGUAGCGAGCCCAUGGUGCAUUUCCGAACUCCCAUUCCACCCAUCAAUACCGCCCCUUCGUCUUACCAGCCGAAUAUCUUCUCCGGUGCCCCCACGAGAGACAGUGCGGGUUCAGGCACCAGUAGCGAGCAACACACGUCUAGCAGCUCUUCUGCAGCCCAUUCGUCUACGUCUCACGCUACUACUAGCACCACCGCUACUUCUAUAGCCUCCCAUUCUCCACCUUCCACAGCUACAUCCUCGGGUUCGGGGUUAUUCUCAAGGUUUGGAUCAAGGAGGAUGGCCAGUGGUGACAAAACUGCCAAAGAAGUUGAGAAGGAGAAUCAGAAGACGCAGAUUAGUUAUCCGAUAACAAGAACUUCAUCUCCGCCGCCCUCGCCUCCCACUAGCCAUCUACAGUCUUCAGCAGCUUCCUCUAAACAUACCCCUCCUUCUUCAUUCACCCCGACUUCCUCAGCCCCUGCCAGCGGAAGAACCACUCCAACGGAAAGGAAGGUUCAAAGGCCGUUGUUUCUCCACCGAACUCCUAGCUCAGAUCGUGUUGCUGGAAAAUCUGAAGGCCCUGGAAAGGAGCGCCCUUUCAACUCACGAGUGACACCCGCAGGAGGUGAAUUCGGAAAUCGCUCGAGUACUGAAAAUGAGUCUAGCACUCAAAAAGUCCGACCCACACCUUCUAAUCUUCUCAUUCCGCCUAAUGUAAACAACUUCAGUCGUAGCACUUCCCCCGUCCCAUCUAUUGGUGUUGGGCAUUCGGCUGUUUCCUCACCUUCCCCUAUACCCUCUACAACCUACGUCGUUCCCAGCCCUUCCGACCCAGUAUUCUCUCGUCCUUCGCCACGACUUCGAACUCAAGCUUCCGAAGAUAACUUCCACUACCGUACUCGAAUAUCCGAAGAAAACCUUCGCGCCCGUACCCGUGUGUCGGAAGACACUUUCGCCCCACCUCCCUCAGUGUUCACCAUCCCACCGGCAACUCCUCCUCCCACGUCUCCGCUUCCAGAUGUUCCGCCCUCUCAGAUGCAGGCUUCAAACGGUGUUUUCGCAACACAACAACACAACACGGCUGUUAAAUCACAUUAUACACCUCAUUCUCAUCCGCGUCACGUACCUCCUACCGCUCCUGUCACUCAUUUACGUGCUCCAUCACCAUCGCCUGGUCUACGACCUUCCUCACCGAAUUCACCGAUGAGAGGGAGGGAAAGUCCUUUCCCUGCAAAACCUGUGGUGUCUCCCACACCUGUUUCACCUCCCAAGGCGGGUUUGGACGGGUUCGGUGGGAGGGUGAAGGUCAGGAGAUAUGCGGAGUUGUAUGGGUUCCAAGGGAGGAAUGGGGGAGAAGAUGAAGAUGAUACGAUAUCGACUGCUGGGGGGAAGGUUCCAGUGAGGAGGGAUAAUGAGGAGGAGUGGGCUGCUACUAGGAGUCGGCAGAGAGAGGACAGGGAACGGGAAAGGAGAGGAGGGGGAGGAACGAAUUUCUUGCCGGCAAGUUCGCAUGCGAAUAGACAGAAAUACCUUCGACCUAGGCAGAGUACGCAAGUUGGAAUUCAAGUUGAAGAACCUUCUGAUCCGGAAGAUAAUGAUUAUGAUUAUAGGGAGGAUGAAGGGUAUGGUGGGGAGGAAGCGUUUGGUGGUGGAUCUGUUGAUUCUCAUUCCGGCUAUGUGGAUGAUGAAGAUGAUGCUGCGUACUAUGGUGGAAGGAUUGGAUUCUCGGAAGAGGAGAGAGAGCAUAGUACGAGUCCGGCCCUUGGUCGAAAGCGUUCGUAUGAAGCUUUGGAAAAGCGAUAUAAGGAUCCAAAGAAUACGCUCGCAACUACUUCUUACAGAAGUCGGAGAAGUGAAGAAGGUUAUUCUGAAUCGGAGACCGGGCAUUCUUCUCAAUCUCACUCAACCCGAUCAAAAAGCAAGUCCGAGGAAAGCCAUUACUACGGUGCUUCGAGGAGAUUCCAACCAGCACCCAGUCCAGCUGCUUCCGAAGACAGCCAUUAUUCUGCAAAUGGCCGAUUCACGAUGUACGAAGACGACGAUUACAAUCCCAGGUCGACUAUGUACAGCGAAGCCGGCUCAUUCGUAGACGAAAACAAGAGCCGGAGAAUAAGGGAUCGAUUUGUACAGCGAGUUGAAGGGAUGUAUGAUUCGAACGGGAGAGACAUAAUCCCACCUGUACCUGCUUUACCAAGUUCGACUUAUUUGUCGGCUUCGGGAAGGUCGUCUCCCAACCCCCCGCAUGAAGGCUCGAGUCGAAGCCAGAACCACAACGCUCGGCUAGCGGGAAUCGCUACUGGCAGGACAGGUGGAGGAUCAUCCCCUAUACCCCCUGUACCCAAGUUACCGAAAGGCGCUACGGUGGGUAUCGUGGGUGAGGAUGGAACGCUGGUUAGUUCCAAACUUUGGAUCUGAUACCGUUAGCUGUCGGCUUCGGAUGAUGAUGGAGGAGAUGCUUCUUGUUGGACGGAAGUGUACUUCUCUCAAGGGUUUUUUCUUGCGGUCUUUGAUUUCUUUUUCUGUUUAUCGUAAACAGAGGUUUUGGCUGGGCACACCUGCGUUGUCUAUUUUUUUCUGGUUUUUCUUUUAUCGUCCGCUUCUCGUGCAUGCUGGUGAACGGAGCUGGCCCCUUCCCUUCUACUUUCUUCCUUCCUUUUGAUUGCCACGCAAACCCUCUCUUUGUCUCUUGCUGUCACUCCUCCAAUCCCUUCCCUGUCUUUUUCCCCCUGCUUAGUCGAUCUGCCGUCUUUGCUCUGCUGUGGUCUUUCUGUACUGUAUCAUCCCAUUUUCAAUUAUCACUCUUUUCGCUAGUGCGAAUACAUAUUGAAACACAUGCUCCAAUACUCGUCUCAUUCUUUGCACUAUAUUAGAAACUUGAGGACGUGAGGUUGAACUCUAGAAGCAAUAGUAUUUAUUGGAGUCAUCCGACUCCCACAUUAUAGAAUGUCUCCUCGUUCCUCUGUUUACAGUUGCAAUCUCCUUCCAUUUCUC